AUGGCGUCCACGAGCACUCAGAUAGUCUCUUCGUCUUCUUCUUCUUCAACACAUCCUCGGAGAUACGAUGUUUUUCUCAGUUUCUACGGUAAAGACACUCGCAAGAGUUUUACAGACCAUUUAUAUACGGCUUUGGUUCAAAAAGGCAUUAUCGUGUUUAGAGACGAUGAAAAGCUUGAGCGAGGAAAAACAAUUUCUAAGGAGCUCAUAAAAGCAAUACAAGAAUCCAUGUAUGCGAUUGUUGUUAUCUCUCCAAACUACGCUUCCUCUAGAUGGUGCCUCAUUGAACUUACCAAGAUCGUCGAAUGCAUGAAAUACUCGGGGCUGAACGUUUUGCCUAUUUUCUACCACGUGGAUCCUUCCCACGUACGAAAACAGAAGGGGACUUUUGCAAAAGCUUUUGGUAGGCAUAAAAAAGAAAAAGAUCCCAAGAUUGACAUCAACAAGAUGCAAAUGUGGAGAGCUGCUUUGAAAGAAGUGAGCAAUAUCUCCGGAUGGCAUGUACAUGAUAGCCAUAGGUAA